UGAAGUUCCCCGGCGGCGCCCGGCAGGACGGGGAGCGCCGCGGCUCCGGCUCGCAGGGACCCUACAGUGGCUGCUGCAGCAUGGGCUGGCUCAGGGGGAUUGCCUUGCUUUCCUUGGGAGUAUUACUAGCAGGAAGAGUGAACUGUCAGCAUGUGAAGAAUAAUGUGCCAAGGCUCAAAUUAUCCUAUAAAGAAAUGUUGGAAUCCAACAAUAUAAUAAAUUUCAAUGGACUAGCUAAUAGCUCCAGUUACCAUACCUUCCUCUUGGAUGAAGAACGGAGUCGGCUGUACGUUGGAGCAAAGGAUCAUAUAUUUUCUUUCAACCUGGUUAACAUCAAGGAAUAUCAAAAGAUUGUUUGGCCUGUAUCUCAUUCCCGAAGGGAUGAGUGCAAGUGGGCUGGAAAAGAUAUUCUGAGAGAAUGUGCUAAUUUCAUCAAGGUGCUUAAGGCUUACAACCAAACCCACUUGUAUGCCUGCGGAACAGGGGCUUUUCAUCCAGUCUGCACCUAUAUUGAAGUUGGAAGCCAUCCUGAGGACAACAUUUUUAGAAUGGAAGAUUCCCAUUUUGAAAAUGGCCGAGGGAAAAGCCCUUAUGAUCCUAAACUGCUGACAGCUUCUCUUUUAGUAGAUGGAGAGCUGUACUCUGGCACAGCAGCAGACUUCAUGGGCAGGGACUUUGCCAUUUUCCGAACUCUGGGGCAUCAUCAUCCAAUCAGGACAGAGCAGCAUGACUCUCGGUGGCUAAAUGAUCCUAGAUUUAUUAGUGCUCACCUGAUACCAGAGAGCGACAAUCCAGAAGAUGACAAAAUCUAUUUCUUCUUCCGUGAAAAUGCAAUUGAUGGAGAGCACACUGGAAAAGCCACUCAUGCCAGAAUAGGGCAGAUCUGCAAGAAUGACUUUGGUGGCCACAGGAGCCUUGUUAACAAAUGGACAACUUUCCUCAAAGCACGUCUGAUUUGUUCUGUGCCAGGACCCAAUGGCAUUGACACACACUUUGAUGAACUACAGGAUGUGUUUUUAAUGAACUCAAAAGACCCUAAAAAUCCAAUAGUCUAUGGAGUGUUUACAACUUCCAGUAACAUCUUCAAGGGGUCAGCAGUGUGCAUGUACAGCAUGACUGAUGUGAGGAGGGUAUUUCUUGGUCCCUAUGCCCACCGAGAUGGCCCAAACUACCAGUGGGUUCCCUUCCAAGGGCGAGUGCCAUAUCCACGGCCAGGAACUUGUCCCAGUAAAACAUUUGGAGGCUUUGAUUCCACCAAGGAUCUUCCUGAUGAAGUUAUAACAUUUGCAAGAAGUCAUCCAGCCAUGUACAACCCAGUAUUCCCCAUCAACAACCGUCCUAUCAUGAUCAAAACAGAUGUGGAUUACCAGUUCACACAAAUAGUAGUAGAUCGAGUAGAUGCAGAGGAUGGCCAAUAUGAUGUGAUGUUCAUUGGCACAGACAUUGGAACAGUUCUUAAAGUGGUUUCAAUUCCUAAGGAGACUUGGCAUGAAUUAGAGGAAGUCUUGCUGGAAGAAAUGACAGUCUUUCGGGAACCCACUGUUAUUUCAGCAAUGAAGAUUUCCACAAAACAGCAACAGCUCUACAUUGGCUCAGCCACUGGAGUUUCACAGCUUCCUUUACACCGCUGUGAUGUGUAUGGAAAAGCAUGUGCUGAGUGUUGCCUUGCGAGAGACCCUUACUGUGCCUGGGAUGGUUCAUCUUGCUCACGUUACUUCCCCACUGCUAAGAGACGUACUAGACGACAAGACAUCCGAAAUGGAGACCCACUUACCCACUGCUCAGACCUGCAGCAUCAUGAUAACCCAAGUGGUCAAACCCUGGAGGAAAAGAUUAUCUAUGGAGUAGAGAAUAGCAGCACUUUUCUUGAGUGCAGUCCAAAAUCUCAGCGUGCUGUAGUCUACUGGCAAUUCCAGAAGCAAAACGAUGACCGCAAAGAAGAGAUAAAAGUGGAUGAUCGCAUAAUCCGUACAGAGCAGGGCCUGUUACUACGAAGUCUUCAACGGAGGGACUCUGGUAUUUACUACUGCCAUGCUGUGGAGCAUGGCUUCAUGCAAACUUUGCUCAAAGUGACCCUGGAAGUAAUCGAUACUGACCACCUGGAAGAGCUGCUCCAUAAAGAAGAGGAUGGUGAUGCCUCCAAGACCAAGGAUGCUACCAACAGCAUGACCCCCAGUCAAAAGAUCUGGUAUAGAGACUUCAUGCAGUUAAUCAAUCACCCCAAUCUCAACACAAUGGAUGAGUUCUGUGAGCAGGUUUGGAAAAGAGACCGCAAACAACGCCGGCAAAGGCCUGCCAAUGCGCAGGUGAAUACAAAUAAGUGGAAGCACCUACAAGAGAAUAAAAAAGGUAGGAACAGGAGGACCCAUGAAUUUGAGAGGGCACCACGGAGUGUCUGAGCUACAUUACCUCUAGGAACCUCAUCCAAGUAGAAACUUGUAUAGACAGAUAACUGGAAAAAAAUGCAAUAUUCAUGAACUUUUUCAUGGCAUUAUGUGGAUGUUUACAAGAGUGGAAAGUUCAAACUAUUUCCACCAGGUUUAAAUAAAAUCAAUUUCUAACUUUCCCAGUAAGUCCUUCCUCUCUGCUCUAAGACCAGAAAGACCAGAGCUUCAAGGAUGAGAACUCACCUGGACCUGGCUUACUGCUCAAAAAGUUCUGCAAGUGUUCAGCAGGCAAGUUUUGCUUAUUCUUUUGCCUGAGAUAUGAACAAAAUGUGGUAUUUCAUGCUGUCAUCUUAAAGAAAAGAAAAACAAAACCCACCUUUCAUCAUCAGCACUACCAUUUCUAGACUUAUAUAUAAAACUGCAUGAACUCAUUAAGCUGAUGAACAUCUAAACACAUGAUUGGACAGAAGGAUUUUGUUCUUGUUUUGUCUACCAGUUCUCCUGUUUGUAUGUACUAGAAGAGGAAAAACAAUACUGAAUGAGAUUGUUUGUGGAAAUCUGAACAACAUAAGCCAUCCAUCAUCUGGAAGAACAAAAAAUGUGGAGUACACUGGCCUACUACUGAUGACUUCUUUCAGCUUUGUUCUAAAGAUGUAUUUUAUUAAAGCUAUAAUUUAAAUGUACCAUGAAAAAUAUGCAGCAAACAUUAGCUCUUUUCUAAAAUAGAUUAGACUUUUUGUCUUAGAAAUAUUGUACUUUCUAAUAAUUGGUUUAGAGUAAAACACAACUUUCAAUUAUGAGCUGCUUUACUCUUUUGUUUGGAAAAUCUUUCAAGGGAGCUAGUCACACUGCAGUUAACCUCCUCCCCUCUCAAUAAUCUGUAAGACAUGUAGCUUCAAAACAAUUUUAAAACUAAGCUAUUUUAACGUGAAAGUUGCUGUAUAGCAUGGAAGUUUUCUGCAUUCUUUUUUUUUCUAAGUAUGGUAUUUUAAAUGAUUCAACUUGUAUAAUACCUUGUUAUAGAUUGAACCAAUGAGGAGGAGAGCAUUGAUUUUCAGUUGUAUAUUUUUUUUAAUUAAAAAAGGAAAUAGCAUUAAAAUACCCUCUACUAAUUACACUCUUGCUUUCUUGGUUCGUAAAUAUUUGUGAAUGCUAAUAUUUAAACACUGUGGCUCAUAGACUGUCAUAUAUCCAUGAGCAAAGCUCACAUUCAGUUUGAGGAGUUUUAUUCCCAGCUUAGUGGUAGAAAUAUGUCCACACUACUGAUUGUCAGAGCUCCAUUCUUUCUGUGGGCCAGAUCACCCAAAUGCAAAGAACCAGCACCAGGCCACAUAAAUAGUAACCUCAAAGCCAGGUCUCUUUUCAAGAUGUAAGGGACAGUUUUAUCUGUGGCCGAGGUCUGCUGUAGUAGUUAAUUGGUGAAGUUCAGCUUAAGACUAGUUUAUAGUAACAAAUAAUUUGAUCCUGCACUUCUGUCUUAUUCUAUAUGUAGGAGAGCAACAGGGUAAAACAGACAAUGUACUUGCACCAUAAGUGUCAGUUUAGGGUUAUAAGUAGUGGAUGUAUUCACCUCAGCACAGAUGUGCCUUUGGUCCCCAGUUCUAUGGUGUCCAGUUCUUUUAAGAUCAUCUUUCUCCAGCCUCCCAUAUUUUAUCUUGGUAGAGUCCGUAAGUGACAUUACUUCAAGUAAUGUCAUUGUGGGGAAAAUUACUAGAGCAAAGUCCUUACUUUGCUAAAGGAGCUUUUAUAUAAAAGUGUGUCUGUACUGAUGACUAAUCUGUUUUGUUGUUAUUCACUCAAUUAUUUAAUUUAUCAAUCACUACACUAUCAGCCUUAUCAGAUACAAUAUAACACAACUGCUGUGACAGCUUCUCUCACAAUACACCCCAGUCUCCUUGCCAUUCAGUAAUUCAAGUAUCCUUCUGAUUAGUGAAGCCUUGGCUUCUUGCCUCCAUAGCAAUUGGAUUUUCACUAAUGGCCCAGUCACUUUAGUUCACUUUGAAUCUUUUGCAGAGGAUGAACUUGCAUGAUUUUUUUUGUCAUUUCAUCCCAUAGCAAAAAAUAAUUGAAUAUUAAUUAAUUUGGUUCUAAGGCAACUUUAAGCCUCUCAUGUUUAACUUGACUCCUGUGAAAUUCAAUAUGCCAUUAAAUUCCCAUGCUUUCAUGAGGUGCUGAAUUAAAACAUGAGUUCAACUAUGUGCUUUCCUGUACAGAAGUAUUACUUUUUCAGGUCAGCUUAUGAAAAAUUGCUGAGCAUCUUUGCCAGCUUAAUUUUAAAACUAUAAUCACAAAACACUCAUUAGCAUUUAGUGUGGGGCUAUUGUGUGCCAUCAAGUCAUUAGAAUCUUGUUACAAAAAGAAACAGUUUUUAAAUGAACCUCAGAGAAUUCAGUGGGAAAAAAUAGAGGGUGAUUUCAACAGACCCUAAAUGACUUUGUUUCCUCUUUUUACAUUAAUGGAAUUGUUAUCUAACUUUUUUUCUCUACCAUGUUCACUGUACCUAGUUCUAUAGAAACUUGCUGAAAAAAAUCAAAGGAAAAAACAGUAUAUUUCACCACCCCUGAAGAAGAAACAGAAUGAAUUAAGUCAGGAUUCUGAGAUUUGUUUUUCUAUACAGAAAAGGAUAAUCUGCAAGAACAAAAUUACUGAAAUUCCAAUAUUUUUACCAGAAUCUGGCAGUCUAGUUGGACAAUUGAUAUGAUCAGAUCUUACAAACUUCACUGCAAUCCUGAAUGACAUGAGCAGUCUUGUUUGUGUCCUUAUAUUUGCUUAUAUAUAUAACAGGGCAGAAGAUCAAACCAGCAGUGAAAUUCUUUUUAGUUUCAGGUUCACAUUAUGGUCAAGUUAAAACAGCAUUUAAUACUGCUGUGAAUUGAACAUUUUUCAAAGAACAUAGGCCUUAAUGAAUUCAUGUGCAGAAGGAUGCCCUGCAGCUUCAGUACAAUUCAUACUGCUAUUUUUGUCACUGUUCAAAGCAACAUAAUGUUUGAAGAUAAAGGUAAAAAUGGUAUUUCUGAAAAUCAUCAAUAAAGCCUUCUAAACCUCUAGUUACAGACUUUAGAAAACGUAAGUAAAAAGUUGUGUUUAAGCUGGAAAGAAAUAUGUAACCAGGAAGAUCCAUUUUUAUUUGGUUUAAGAUACUCGAUUGCAAGGAACAAAAAUGCAUUGAAUCUUAUUCUUACUCAUCUACACUUUGCACUUGCAUGGAUCACUGAAGAUGGGAAUUUGUUCAAUGGCUCCUAAAAACUUAUGUUAUGUUAAUCUAUGACAUCAAACUGAGAAAAUGUGCAUCUUUGCCGAACAGAGUUAAAUCUUCAUGACCCAAUAAAGUCACUAUGUAAAAAAAAAAUUAAAUUAAAUGCAUGUGAAUGCGCAUUUACUGAUCCUUUUUAUGUAUUAUUUAGUGAAUAUCAAUGGUAUGUGUUUAAUAGUUCAGUUUUUGCUACCUUCACAUUAGCCAAAAGAGGUGUAAAUAUUUUUGGACUAGAUAAGGAGGUACAGUGUAAAGUACUGUUAUCUAGAGGUACUCCAUUUCGGUGUGUUCAGCAUAAUACUAAAAUGCAAGAUUUUGCCACACAGGUGAUAAGGUGGUUUAUUUGCUAUAUCAGUGCCAAAGUUAUGUGCUUAUUCUUUAAGCACAUUCCUCACUGGGUAGUGAAUAUUCUGCUUCUUUAUUUAUCACUUUGGUUCAGAUGGGAACUAGAAAACUGGAGAGAAAAAAAUGUAAUGAAACUGCUGCUGUAAAUUAUUUCUUUUAGCAUGUACUCAGUUGUUAAAUAAACAUUUCUUCCAAAUA